AAAAGCCUACGCACCACUUCCACAUGGAACACAGUAUAUUUAAGUUUGGAUAAAAAUCCUAAUUAGUGAAUUAAAAAUUAGAAACGUGGAUUUAGCCUUGACGGAAAAGAAGUGUGAUUUAGCUCAGCUCAGUCCAACUCCACCCGCUGCUUUUCGAAUCGUUUCUUCUUCAUUUCAUCCCUCCAAUUCAAUACACACCACCAAUGCCUUUCUAGGGUUUCUUUUCCCCAAUUUCAUUCUCACGAUCUUCUCUUUUCAACCUGCGAUUUCAUACAGAAAACGACAACUUUGUGUCUUUUCACCCAAUUUACGUUGUCAUCUUCAAUCACCUUCGUUCUUGUUCAAACUUCAAAGUAAUUGUGCCUCAGCCUGUCAAUUUUGGGUGGAAUGAUUUGUGGUUUCAGCCAGACGAUGCUUGUAGAGAAGCUUCUAUAGGAAGGCUAAGCAUUCCGGCUACCCCCGUUCUUCGCCGCACACUACCGUCUGAAUUUUGACCGACGGCUAUGGCUUCCUGCUCGGUAAGGGUUUGAAAUUGUUUAUAGUAUAGUAAUUUAAUGAGCUAUUGGGUGAUGGCAAUAAUCUCGGAACACAUAUCAGAUUAUCAGGGGUGAGUUAUUGUGAGUAGAAGAUGAACACUUCUGCCGGAGCAUCUUCAAAGCAGAAAGCUGGAGCCUCGCAGUCUUCUGAAACUUCGUCUAAGCGCAAACGAGGAGUCUUUCAGAAAGAAUUGCAGCAUAUGAUGUAUGGUUUUGGGGAUGAUCCUAAUCCUCUUCCAGAAAGCGUGGCACUUAUGGAGGACAUAGUUGUAGAGUAUAUCACAGAUUUGGUACAUAAAGCACAAGAUAAUGGUUCAAAGCAGGGAAAGCUAUCAGUUGAGGACUUUCUUUACUUAAUGCGGAAGGACUUUCGGAAACUUAACCGGUGUAAAGAAUUGCUAUCAAUGAAUGAGGAGCUCAAACAAGCAAGAAAAGCUUUUGAGACAGAUGAAGAGAAGCUGAGAAAGGCUUUUGAGGCAGAUGAAGAUAAUAAGUUGGUGGUUCAACAGAAUGAUUGAAGAGGAAGAGUAGGUAAUUCUUUGAAUGAUGAAGUAUCCUUAUUAUUCUUUGGAUGGACUCCAAGUAUUGUUUAGGAUCUUUGUUAAUUCAAUACCUCGAUGAAAAUUAUUGAAAAAACUGAGCACGUUACAAGUAAUGUUGUCAUAUUAGUAAAUCUAGUUAUUCAAGUUAGAACCGUUUUAGUAAUCCAUGUAUAUAUCCCAUGUUAGUUUGGUUGUAUGGUAUUUUACUCGUUAUUCCAGUGGCAUCAUAUUUCUUUC